AUGCCGUGUGCAGUCCUCUCGGGCCCUCUCGCCGGAGGUGGAACAGCCACGCCGCGCGUGCCUCACCCGCGGGCGGGCUCUCCCCGAGCUCCGCGGGGAAGGGGUUGGGGCGCUCGCCGGCCGCCCGCAUCGCAGCCCCCAGAGCAAGCGCGCACCGGCCGGCGGACUCAGCGUGAGGUCCCGGGGCCGCGGCCGCCAUGCACCCCGCCCCGCGCGCCGCUGCAGCCGGGGGGUCUCCGGGAUCGUCUGCGGGCCGCGGCCGCCCGGCCGUGGAGGAGCCUGGUCCGGACCUCGAAGCAGGCGGGGCCUUCGGAGGAGGCGGCGGAGACCGCGGGUCGGGAGCUGCUACUGCCAAAUGAGAAGAGCUUUCAGGAUGCUGCUAAAAGCAAUAAUCUGGCUCUUACGGAGAAGCUGUUUGAAAAGAAGGUUAACAUCAAUGCUGUGAACAGUAUGAACCGUACAGCCCUGCAUUUUGAAGUGGGGGGAAAUCAUUUUUCUGCAGUGAAUUUCUUACUGAAUCACAAAGCCAGGGUGGAUAUUGCUGAUAAGCACGGUUUGACAGUGAUUCACCUCGCAGCCUGGUCGGGGAGCUUCGAGAUCUUGCUCAUGUUAGUUAAAGCUGGAGCAGACCAGAGAGCCACGGGUCGGGACGGGCUGAAUGCGCUCCACUUCGCGGCGCCGAGCAACAGCGUGCACAUCGCAGAGUACCUCAUCGGGGACCUGCACCUGCGGGAGCUGGGCCAGCGCGGCCAGAAUGGAAGGAAGCCAUUUCUCUUGGCAGCUGGGAGGGGUCACCUGGAAAUGAUAGAAAAACUGACACAACUUAACCUGCACACUUUGGAAAAGGGCAAGGAGGGAAACACAGCCUUGCACCUGGCUGCGAUGCACGGCCACAGUCCUGCAGUGCAGGUGCUACUGACUCAGUGGCCCGAAGUGAACGAGUCCAAUGAGAAUGGAGAAACACCAUUCUUUUUGGCUGUUGCAGGAGGUCAUUAAGAACGCAGUAAAGUGCUACUGGAAGCUGGAAGUGAUAUCAACAUUCCAAAUAAACACAACAUCAGUGUUUUGCAGAUGGCAGCCCAGCACGGCCACGCGUCCCUCGUCGGGUUUCUUCUCAGUGAGAACGUUGACCUGCAUCCGCGGACUAGACCCAGUGAGUCCCCUCUUCACGUAGCGGUCAACAAGAACCACGUCACUGUUGUGAGCAGCUUGUUGCAAGCUCGGCAUGACACUGACAUUUUAAAUGAGAGGCAGCAGACCCCCCUGCACGUGGCUGCUGAUCUUGGAAAUGUGGAGCUGGUGGACACCCUACUGAAGGCUGGCUGUGAUUUGAAGGCUGUUGAUAAGCAAGGUAGGACUGCGCUGGUGGUGGCUGCCAGGGGCAGCCACUGUCUCGUUGUGGACAUGCUCAAACGGUACCAGGCCUGGAGAGAGGCUCAUCCGGAGGCUGCAUCGGUGGGCUUCACUGUGACCUUCAAGUAGGACCACAGUCUAGAGACCAGGCACCUCCGCACAUUCCUCUGGGACCUGGCGUACUGUCAGCUGAAGGCCACCGAGUGGCAGAGGCUGGCGCACUCUUGGGACUUCACAGAUGACCAGAUCAGAGCCAUCGAGGAGCAGUGGACAGGAAAGAACAGCUUCCACGAGCACGGCCACAGGGCGCUGCUCAUCUGGCUGCACGCCCUGAUGACCCAGCCAGACCCGGACCGACAUCUGUAUAUGGAGCUGGUGCGCGCAGGCUUCUCGGGCCUGGCUGAAAAGAUUCGUCAAGUCAGAAGCAAAGCUGGCACAAGCUCCAGGAAAUGUGCAACUUCAUAA